AAUGACAUUCAUUGUCAAUAUUUACGUCUGUCAGGAAUCUGACAGUGUCAUAACAAAAGGAGUAUUUCUGCAAUAUUAAAUGUAAUUACGAAUUGUAGCUAUAAAUAUGGCUAAAUUUUGCCUUAAAGACAGUGAUGAGUACUAUCUAGCUCUAUCUGACCAGCCAAAACGCUUCGACGCUGAUAGUCCCGUGACAAACGUAUUUUUUGACGACAGCAAUGGACAAGUAUUCACAGUAAGGUCUGGGGGAGUAACAGGCGUGACGGUGAACGGUAUGGAAGAAUCGAAAUCUACUUCCUUUCGAAUGGAAGACCGAGGGCCUAUUAUAUCCAUUAAGUUUUCUCCAGACCUAAAAAUAUUAGCCAUACAGAGAAAUCAUGACAAUCAGAAUGCUACCGUAGAGUUUGUAAACUUUAACGAUCUGACGCCCACUAAUGUAGAGUACUCUCAUACAUGUAAAUGGAAGAAUGCAAAGAUAUUAGGCUUUGUUUGGCCGAGAGUUAAUGAAAUAGCAUUUAUAACAGACCAUGGUAUAGAGCUGCUACAAGUUCUGCCUGAAAAGAAACAGUUGAAGAGCUUGAAGAAUACUACAUUCAGCUGUGCUUGGUUCUCCUGGUGCUCUCAGAGCAACAUAGUGCUGCUCGCUGGCAACAAUGGAGUGCUGUUACAGCCAUUCUCACUGAACAACUCUACUAUUACUAAGCUGCAGAAGUUGGAGUUGGACAUGACGAAGCCAGUAGUCGAGCGCGACGUGUUCAUCCUACGGCUGUGCGAGGCCACCUGGUGCGCCGUGUUCCGCCACGGACACUCCGCCACCGUCAGCUCUCCCGGACCCACCGAGGUAUGGUUGAUGCCGAUCACGGGCCCCAGCGGCUACCACUACACGCACGUGCUGAAGACGGGCCUGGUGGGCAGGUUCGCUGUCAACGUCGUCGACGAUCUUAUCGUAGUGCAUCAUCAGUCGAGUCAAACAUCUCAGCUGUUCGAUAUAAUGGAGGACUCGAAGCCGGAGAACAACAUCAUGAUCCACAUCCCGGUGGUGCCCGGGGUCAGCAUGAAGCCCGCGCGCGUCGGGGAACAACUCUGCCCUAUGUAUUCUGACACAUGGGUGGUGUUUCAACCUGACUACAUUAUAGACGCGCGUCUCGGCUGUCUGUGGCGGGUCAAGCUCAUUCCCAGCGGAUUGGCGCACUCGGUACCAAAAGACGAGAUAGCCAAAAUAGUAGCUGUGCUGCUGCGACGUACAGACGGCAAGGACACGAUCUACAGGAUCGUGCACCAGCUGGUCACGGAGGCGGGCACCUACCUGGUGCAGCUGUCUGAGGUCUUCGACGAAAUACACUCGGUUUACAGGAAGUGGGCGGACCUGGAAGUGGCCCGCAACACGGCGGGGCAGGCGGCGGAGCUGGCGCGGCCGCCGCACAUCUUCCGCGUGCUCAUCUCGCAGAGCGACAUGUGCGGCCACGUGCUGCAGCAACACGCCGACGACAAGUAUCUCGUGCAGGUGGUGACGGCGUACGUGGCGUCGCUGUGCCGGCAGGCGCUGGUGGUGCAGCAGGCGGCGGGCGAGCUGGCCGUGCGCGCGCUGGUGACGCGCGGCGCGGCGGGCCGGCUGCGGGCCGCCCUGCGCCGCGGCCUGCUGGGCGACGCGCGCCCGCUGGCCUGCGCGCUGCUGUCGCUGGGCCACCUGGACGCGGGCGCGGCGCAGCUGGCGCUGGACAUGCUGUGGCGCCUGCGCGGCCACGACGACGUGGUGGAGGUGCUGCUGAGCCGCGCCGAGCCCGUGGCGGCGGCGGGCGCGGCGCGCGCGGCCGGCGCCUGGCCGCAGCUGCCGCCGCGCAAGCUGCUGGCCGCCGCGCGCGCCAGCGGCGCUCUGCCCGCCUUCGUGGCCCUGUACCACGCCCUGCGCGCGCGCAACGAGCGUCUCAGGGGCUCGCCGCACUUCCUCAAGGCUGAACAAUGCGACAGUUACGUCGAGUAUUACAAACAGAUCACCGCGGAACAAUAACCAUCAGUUACUUUCAAACAAACGUCUAUUAUAAACGUUUACUACAACUAUAACGUGUGAACAACCUUCUUUAUAAUAAUAACUAGCUUUACACCGCGGUUUCGCCCGCGAGGAGAUCGGUUAUAGCCGCAUUGCCUUUUCUUUCAAGUUUUCCUGACUAACUCCAUACCACAUUUCAUCAAAAUUGGUGAAGCUCUUUGAACGUGAAGAGGAAACAAAUAUUAUCUUUUAUAUUAUAUAUUUGUGGAAAGAGUGAUGAAAACAAAUAGUACAUGUUUAUCAUAAUGUAUAAGGAACGGAAAUUAGUUUGGCCGUGUGUUUGUUUUGACAUAGACACUCAUCUUGACGAAAUUGACAAGACCUAAAUAGGCAUAAAAAAGGUCGCACUACUGACGCUUUUAACUUUGGAACCCUGGUUAGGCGCCCAAUUAUUAAAACCAACGUUGUGAAAACAAAAUUAAAAAAAUAUAUAUACGGGAAGGGUGUAUUGAAAAAUUAAGUUAUAAUCUCUUAUAUUGUUUUACUCUGCACUUGUCCAAUGAUAUUUAUAUUAUUAGAUCUAUUAGAAUUAUUAUGGAAUGGUACCUAAAGGGUUAAACCUUAAUGAUGUUUAUACUAUAUUUAAAUUUAUAAUAAUAAUUUUGACAAAACAUUUACAUUAUAAAAAUGUAUGUGAAUAGUAAAUACAGAGAUGUUUGUAAAAAUGUUGAAUAGUUAUGUAAUUAAGUAAUGCAAUGUAUAUUUUGUUAUGAAUAUAAAUGAUGUUAUUUUCGAAA